CCCGCUCUGCAAUGUGGGCGAAAUGUGGGCGCCAGGGGCCCAACUAAGAACUGCUGGGGUCAACCCGCGAACUGGACGGCAAGGGCCUGGAGAGCCUGGGCAUUGGAUAUUUAACACUUGCGAGUCCUCGACCUAUCCAUCUCCUUUCUCUUCCUUCUUCCCCAGCCAACAAGCCAACUUCUAGCUUUACACUCAACUUUGACUUCGGUCGUCCACUCUUUACCAACGCUCAAGCACAUUGCUUUAAUAACUCUCUUUCUUCAAAGACCAACUACACCGUUCUUCUAGAACCCACCCCUUUUAAACAACCCCCCCCCAACCGACAAAAUGCGUUUCUCCGCUGCUGCUCUUGUCAUGGCCGGUGCCGCCCUCGCUGAGGAGGCUGCCCAGUCCACCGUCUACUCGACCGACUAUGUCACCAUCACCUCGUGCGCCCCCACGGUGACCAACUGCCCUGCUCGCAGCACCGUUGUCACCUCGUCGGUCUACCCCGUCACCACCUCCACCAUCUACAGCACCACGGUCCGCACUAUCACCCAGUGCCCUCCCUCGCAGCCCGACUGCCCGGCCCACUCCACCCAGGUCGUCACCGAGACUGUCCCUGUUGCGACCACCGUCUGCCCUGUGACUGAGACCUCCGCCGCCGGCGCCGUUGGUGCCAGCUCCACCGGUGCCUUCUCCAACGGCACCACCGUGGCUCCCGUCCAGUCCCAGCCCGCUGCUGUCACUGGCAUGCCUCCCACCACCCUGAGCACCGCUGCUCCCGUUGCCGGUGACUGCGGCCACUCCGUCAAGACCAUCUCCACCCAGAUCACCACCGUCAUCCCCACCGUGAUCUACGAGACCGUCGACGUGCCCUGCCCCACCGCCUCCGCUGGCGUUCCCUCCAUGGGCGUUCCCCCCGUCAGCCCCCCUGCCAGCCCCUCCGGCGGCUUCGCCCCUCCCGCUGGUGGCAACGGCACCGUCCCCACCACCGGCUCUCCCAGCCCCUCCGCUCCCGUCACCGCCGGUGCCGGUGCCAUGGCUGGCUCUGCCCUCCUCGCCGCUGCUGCCGGUCUCCUCACCGUUUUCCUCGCUUAAAUUCACUUUUAAGUGACGAGGAACAGGAGUUCAACAAUGUGUGGUUCGGAAUCGACCUUCGGACGACGCAGAAUCAGCAGUUUCUUUUGUAUC